AUAUACUUAUACUAUAUAAUAAAUACUCAAUACAUACAUCGAUCUUGAUACAAAACCAACAGGCGACGACGCCCACCGAUCUCAAACCAGUAUAUUUAUCAUCUCUCUCACUUACAUCGAUCUUUCCUUAACCAUCUGAACAAAGGAAUUCGUCCGUCGUCUCUCUUUUUCAUGAAUCCAUGGAGUUCUACGCGUACCCGUCUCACUCUUUCCGCCCUUCAGCGCCAGAUGAAUCUUAUUCCCCAAUCGGGUCCGUGGUCAACAAGGUCAAGGAUUUCGUCCGAUUUGCGGUCUCUGCUGUGAUUGGGAACAUUUUCUCGGCAAUUCUCACGUUUUUCUUUGCUUUCGUGGGCACCUUAUUGGGAGCAAUUACGGGAGCCUUAAUUGGCCAAGAGACGGAAAGUGGGUUUGUUAGGGGGGCUUCCGUAGGAGCCAUCUCUGGGGCUGUUUUCUCGAUUGAGGUCUUUGAGUCGUCUUUGCUUUUAUGGCAGUCGGAUGAAUCUGGAUUGGGGUGUCUCCUUUAUCUGAUUGAUGUCAUAGCAAGCCUUCUGAGUGGUAGACUUGUACGUGAACGUAUUGGUCCAGCUAUGCUUAGUGCCGUUCAAAGUCAGAUGGGAGCUGUUGAGGCUCCAUUUGAGGAAGUCCCUAAUAUAUUUGACACUGGUGGGGCAAAAGGAUUGUUGGUAGAUACAUUGGAAAGGAUCCCCAAAUUUACCAUCACUCGAGAUGGAAGUUUGGAUUCUUCAGGGGAUGAGGCUUCCUGUUCGGUUUGCCUGCAGGAUUUCCAACUUGGAGAGACAGUUCGUCGUCUGCCACUUUGUCACCACAUGUUUCAUCUACCGUGCAUCGAUACUUGGCUGGUGAGACACGGUUCUUGCCCAUUGUGCAGAAGAGACCUGUGAUUUGUUUUCUUGCUUAUAUUCAGUGAUCCCCUUGUAGAUUUUUAUUUUAUUUUAUUUUUUAUUUUAUUUUCCGUCGUACUCAUAACUUGUAUGUAAAUUUUAAACACUAGUUUGGGUUUUUGAUUGGUUGUUUGUGCAUUCAGUUUGUGUAAAGCAAAUUUUGACAAAUGAUAGUGUAUCCUACUAGUUAUUGCUGUCGACUGCACUGUUCUAUGUGGUUCGGUCUCGGUUGUGUAAUUGCCUUUACAUGGAUUGUUGUCUUAUUUACCAGAAAAGUCCCCCCUUUGCCCACACAGGUUUUACGACCGUUUGGCUCAACAUAUACCUAUUUAUGGUUGAAUGUGUGAGUGGAUGUAAUCCAACACUGAUAGACAGGGUAGGAUUGAACUUACCUUUAUUUACCUGGUGAAACUUGUGUUUAUU